CCCCCUGUUUGCCUUCCAAAUGUGGCGAGGCAGGGCUAUAAAAGGGACCACCCAGGUUCCCAGCGCAACAUCGAGACCUCAAAGGCAAAGAAGCAACACCAUCACCUUUGCAUCAACACCAAGGCUGCGCCGCACAUUGUCUUCAAGAUGGGCAGGAUCGUCUUCUACGAGGACAAGAACUUCCAGGGCCGCCGCUACGAGUGCGACAGCGACUGCUCAGACUUUCACACCUACCUGAGCCGCUGCAACUCCAUCCGAGUGGAGAGCGGCGCCUGGGUGGUGUACGAGAGGCCCAACUAUAUGGGCUACCAGUACGUCCUCACCCGGGGUGAGUACCCCGAGUACCAGCGCUGGAUGGGUCUCAACGAUCGCCUCAGCUCCUGCAAGAUGAUCCACUUUACUAGCGGGACCCUCUACAAGAUGCAGCUGUAUGAGAAGGCUGACUUUGGGGGCAAAGCCUUUGAAGCCACGGAGGACUGCCCUUCGCUCUUGGAGAAGUUCCGCUGGAGGGAGGUGAACUCGUGCAAGGUCUUCGACGGCUGGUGGGUCUUCUACGAGCACCCCAACUACCGUGGGCGCCAGUACUUCCUGGAGAAGGGCGAGUACCGCAAGCCAGGUGACUGGGGGGCAGCCAGCGCCGCAGUCCAGUCCUUCAGGCGUUUCACAGAAUGAGAACCAACAUCAGGCUAUGAUCUAGGACGGGGCAAAAAAAACACGUCUGAACUGAGGUCAACAAAAUAAAAUAUCCUGUCCACAAAGCAAA